AUGACACGCUUCCGUCCCUGCAUUGAUUUGCAUGCAGGCUCCGUGAAGCAAAUCGUGGGCGGCACUCUCUCCUCCAGCCUGCCCGAUUCCCUCAAAACGAACUACGUCUCGAAGCUACCGGCGAGGCACUUUGCGCAGCUAUACAAGGAGAAUGAUCUCAGUGGUGCGCACGUCAUAAUGCUAGGCCCGGGGAACCAGGAAGCUGCGAAAGAGGCGCUGGAGAGCUGGAGAGAUGGGUUGCAGGUUGGGGGUGGGAUUGAUGAUACGAAUGCUGCGGAAUGGGUGAAAGCUGGGGCUGAGAAGGUGAUCAUAACCUCCUUCCUCUUCCCCAACGGCACAUUUUCACUUCCGCGCCUUCAAUCAGUCCUCAAAGCUUUCGGAGACAAUAAGGAGAAGCUCGUCAUCGAUCUGAGCUGUAGGAGGAAGGGUGAGAAGUGGUUUGUGGCUAUGAACAAAUGGCAGACAAUCACGGAUAUGGAGCUGAAUCAAGAGUCUAUCUCCCUCCUAGAACCAUAUUGCUGCGAAUUCCUCAUCCACGCUGCCGAUAACGAAGGCCUCCAAGCGGGCAUCGACCACGAGCUGGUCCAGAAGCUUGCUGAGUGGUGCUCCAUUCCAGUGACAUAUGCUGGCGGAGGGAGGAAUCUGGAUGACUUGGAACUAGUCAAGAAGCUCAGUGAUGGGAAGGUAGAUCUGACAAUUGGAAGCGCCUUAGAUAUCUUUGGAGGAAGCGGAGUCACUUUCGAGGACUGUGUGAAGUGGAACCAGGACCAAGAAAAGGCAUGA